UUUGACGGUGAAGGUAACAUACACAACAGUCUGUAUGCGCAGCCAGGAAUAAAGUUGUGUGUGGACCCAGAAGAGAAUACAAUCAUCCAAGCUUUGUUGACAUGAUGGACUUUCAUCUAAAAUGCAGGACGUGGUUACCUCUGAGAUGAUGGAGGACAAGAGCGGAGUAUGUCAUGUAAUGGAAGAGAAUCAGGUGGAUGUGCAGAUCACACAAGCCAAAGCUCAGCCCCAGCAGGCCGACAACCACAGACCCAACUGGUCAAAUGGUCAGUGUGUUGUGGCGAUGCCAAGCUGUUCGAUGCUCAACCCGAGCUUUGAUCUGUCUCUGUGCCGUGCCAAACUGGAGAACGAUGGCUUUCAGAUUCCUGCCGGAGACAUGGAGGCUCCACUGAAGACAGCUCUGGACGCUCCCUCAGUCAGGAGAUACCUGGUUUUCAACUCCGCUCUCUUCCAUUUUAUAAUGGCACCGGUGCUGUAUGUGGUGCUGUGGUGCGCCAUGUUCUCCACCCUCCACCUCUAUAUCACCUUCAGUGACUACUGGGCGCUCUACCUCUCUGUCAGCCUCGUCGCCAUCUUCCUCACCACUGCCAUCAUCUUCAUCCUCCACUAUAGUAACAAGGAGAUCAACAUGAACGUCGACGUUCGGUUAAUCCAGGUGAAUGAGAGGCUGGUGAAACACAAGCUGCUGGUGGCCGUGGCCGACUGGGUGCAGUCCUGCACUGGAAACAUGCAGCUGUACUUUGUAUUUUGGGACAUGUCCCGCUGUCUGAGCGCACUGACUGAAACUUUAGAGGAGCGCAGCUUUGUGGAGAAUGACACCCAGAUCAAACUGAAGAAGAAAAUGUCGCAUCUCGUUCUUGUGACCGAGGAUGCGGCUGUUGACUCCGAGGUCGAAGGGUCAGAUGUGGACUCAAGUGAACAGAGGCCUCUGCUGAGACAUGAUGACACUGGCUGCAGGACCUCAUCCAGCCGGCAUGAGGGAGCCAAAGUCACCACCAACUACAACCUUAUCCCUGAUGCGGCGUUACCUGCUCAGGCUAAAGCCUACCAGCUUCUGAUGACCUACAGUGCCGCUUAUGUGAGGCUGCUGGUGUCCGAGAGGCUGUCAGGACCCUCACACUACCGCCUACAGCCUCGGAGGAAUCACUGCUCCACCGCCCAUCUCUGCCUCUGCCAGUACAUCAAAAAGAAGAUCCUUCGAUAACAGAACCAGAGUCAGACCAGGAACUUUGAACUGUUGGACUACACUUUUCUUUCCUUUUUUCAAGACUUUUGCUUUGCGCGCAUGCCCUUGAACAGACAAACUGACACGUAGGAGCAUUUCCUCUGGAGCAUUAUGUUGUUUUGAUCAAAUCAAGGACCUGUUUGGAGCUUCACACUCUGGAUUUCUGUCGGCAGGCUCCUGUGCUGCUGUCUCCAUGCCAGCUCUGUGUUUGCAUCGUUCAUUUGGUCCAAACAAUUUCUGCACUGUGCCAAACGCUGUCUGAUCCACCUGUAACAAUAUUUGCACUCUUGUACACAUAACAAUCAUGGCCUUAGUAACUGUUAACUGUUAGCUAUUAGGAUUUUACAUAAAAAAUGUAUGAUAACCUGAUCAAAUACAACACAAUAUCAAACUAGUGGUUUUAUAUAUUUUUGGCUUGUGACCUUUUACUAAAAGUUAGUGUCUAGUCAACCAGUACUUUUACUUCUGAUUCUUUAAGUACAUUUGGCUAAUGAAACCUCUUUCCUUUUACUUAGUAAGAGUUUGACAGUGGUGGAAGAGGUUUUCAGAUGUUUUAUACAUUUUAUUUAGUAAAAAUAUGUAAAAAAGUAAUAUUGUAAAAAAUACAUAUUUUAAAGUAUGAAAAUAAAAAGCACUCUGCAGCAGAAUGAGAGGGGUCUUACUGUUACAUUACUGUAUUUCAUAUUCUUGGAUUUAUAUUUUCAUGUUUCAGUUGAUGGAGGUAAAGUGAUUAUCACCUUAUUUGUUUAUAGUAUAAAAAAAAUUAUAAUAUAUAAAUUAAUCUGUAACAAUGCAUCGUAUUUCAUGAACGGAUUACGUUUUGUGUGUAGAACAACAUUUCCCACUGAUAUGUAGUGAAGUAGAGGUAUGAAGUAAAUUAGAAUCGCUCAAGUAAAGUACCUCAAAAUUGCACUUGAGUAAAUAGCUAUAUUCCACCACUGGACUUCGAAUGCAGGACUUGUGAAAUAUUAUUGUAUCGGUACUUUUAAUUAAGUAAUAUGUCUGUCACCACUGCUCGGAGGAUUGACAAAACACGUGUAGACAAAAACAAUAGAAGCCUGAAGGGAUAAAAAGAGACUUCCCUUGAUGCAGCUGUGUAAUGAUGCUGAAAGCGGGUUAACAUGAAUCAUUGGCUUUAGUUUCCUGGAUAUAAUACCUUAAAUGUCAGCCACAGACGUAUACCCAGAGUGUUAUUGUUUUUGUGUUCUCACACCUUUGCUUUUAUGUGUGUAGGUGGAUUAGAUAUCUCUACGCAUUUGUAUGUGCAGGUUGCAGGGUUUCUCACAUAUUACCAGCAAUUACCCAUCAGUCCUGGUGCUGUGGCUGAGAUGACAGC